AUGGGAACUGAGCUUAGCAAGACUUCCACGAUGGAUGAGACCUCAGACGAUCCGCCCACUACUGCUGUCCUCUUAGACAACUGCCACUUCUCCCAGGUCGUCUUCAACAACGUGGAGAAGUUUUACGUUCCCGGAGGAGACAUAACCUGUUAUUACACCCUCACGCAGAACAUCGUUCCUCGCGGGAAGGACUGGGUGGGCAUCUUCCGGGUGGGGUGGAAAACAACCCGGGAAUAUUACACAUUCAUGUGGGCUCCCCUGCCCGGUGACACCCGCAGUGGCAGCGCUGUGCAGCAACAGAUCCAGUUCAAAGCUUACUACCUACCGAAAGAUGACGAAUACUACCAGUUCUGCUACGUUGACCAGGACGGCGUGGUCCGGGGAGCCAGUGUGCCUUUCCAGUUCCGAGCAGAGACUGAGGAUGAUAUCCUAGUGGUCACCACACAGGGAGAAGUGGAAGAGAUUGAACUACAAAAUAAAAAUUUACGUAAAGACAAUGAGGAGCUGAAAGCAAGCUGUGCACGUCUCCAGCAACAAAACAUCGGUCUGCAGGAAGAGCUCAGCAAGGCCCAGGAGCUGCAGAAUAGUUUAGAGUCUCUAAGGAGCAACACAGAGAAACUGGAGCUGGAGCUGAAUUCCCUGAAAAAGGAAAAUAAACAUCUAAAGGAGCUGGAUGACUGCAGAGAGGCAGAACUGCAGCAACUCAAAGAGCAAAUUCAGAAGGUGACCUCUGACAAAGAACGCCUGGAAACCAGACUGAAAACAGCCCUGGAUCACGUGGACCAGCUGCAGGAACAAAACCGGGACUUAAUGAAAGAACUUGAGGAACAGAAGCGUUUGUCUCAGAUUCUGCAGGCAAAAAAGAAUGAAGCUGAUGAGGAAAAUCAGAAACUAAGGGAAGAGAACGACGCGCUCCUGAGGCAGCUCUCGCAGACUAGAGAAGUUUCUUCCUUCUGUGUUGUUUCACAAGCUCAAGCUCCAAUUGCAGCUCCUGAAGGAGGCGGCUUUCUGUUUGGAAAUCCGUAUUGUGUUGCAGGAGCAAACCUGGGGGCAGGAGCUGCAGACGUAGCUUCUGUAAGGAAGUGCCCCAUGUGCGAUGAAGUCUUUCCUGACGAGAUUGAAACGAGUCAGUACGAGACCCACGUGCGGAGCCACCUUCUGGAGUGCCCGGUCUGCAGCGAGACCUUUGAAAAGUCCAAUAAGCAGGUGUUUGAUGACCAUAUUUUUUGUCACGCCCUGGAAUAG